AUGGCUGAAGAAGUAACUUACGCUGACCUGAAGUUCAUGACUUUGGAGCAGACCAAGAAGCAAGAGGUGAAACAGAAAGCCAACAGCAAAGCCUCUCCACUAGUUUCCCACCAGUGGCGACUGGCAGCAGUGACCAUUGGGAUCUUCUGCUUGGUCCUGCUCGGGACAUCCGGUGCCCUAAGUUUCAAGGUUCUGCAGGUGUGCCAAAUAGCGAACAGACAAAAUGAAAAUCUGACCCAGCAAAGGCAGAUGGUGGAAAACCUACUCACAACACUGAAUGUCCUCCAAGACCAGAAUCAAAACCUUUCAGAGACUGUGCAUCAAUUGUCAAACAACAAAGGCCAUCACUGCAUCCCUUGCCCUGAGAGAUGGCUACAGAGAGGAGCAAACUGCUACUUCUUUUCGACCAAGUGGAGCUCCUGGGAAGAAAGCAAAGCUCAGUGCUUGACUCUGAACUCCAGGCUCCUUAAAAUAGAGAGUAAGGAAGAGCUGGCUUUCAUUCUGGAAUCAGCACAGGCCUAUAAUUCUUUCUGGAUUGGCUUGUUUCGCAGCAAAGCUGGUGGACUUUGGCUGUGGGAGGACAACAGCACCUUCUCCAGUGACCUGUUUAACAUCCCUGAAGCUGGCUCCAGUAAUUAUCCAACCUGUGUGUCUAUCCUGGGUGGGAAUCUAAUUGCUUCUGAUUGUUCGGGGUACCGGUUCUGUAUCUGUGAGAAAACAGCAGCUCCAGAAAAUCUUGACCAUAGGAUGUAG